AGGGCGGCCCAGAGCAGCCUGGGAGAUGUAGUCCUCGGACCGUCCCCGCUAGAGGCUGCACAGCCCGCCCGGACCAACGCCUCCGCGCCUGCCGCCGUCCGGCCGGCGCCCUCCCGUUUCCUUCCUCCAGGGGGAAAAAAUGUCUUUCGGGCCGCUUUCCAGGAAGCAGCAGGAUGCGCCGCUCCACUGUCAGUAGCAACAAGCUGCGCAAACCAUGCAGGAUGAUUUACUGAUGGACAAAAGCAAAACCCAGCCCCAGCCCCAGCAGCAGCAGCGGCAGCAGCAGCAGCAGCCCCAACCUGAGUCCAGCGUAUCCGAAGCCCCGUCCACGCCCCUCUCCUCAGAGACCCCCAAGCCGGAGGAAAACAGCGCAGUGCCAGCCCUCAGCCCAGCCGCUGCCCCCCCGGCCCCCAACGGCCCGGACAAGAUGCAGAUGGAAUCACCGCUCCUGCCAGGCUUGAGUUUCCAUCAGCCCCCUCAGCAGCCGCCGCCGCCUCAGGAGCCCGCGGCACCGGGCGCGUCGCUGUCGCCGUCCUUCGGCAGCACCUGGUCCACGGGCACCACUAACGCGGUAGAGGACAGCUUCUUCCAGGGGAUCACCCCAGUCAACGGGACCAUGCUCUUCCAGAACUUCCCGCACCAUGUCAACCCAGUCUUCGGAGGCACCUUCUCCCCGCAGAUCGGCCUGGCGCAGACCCAGCACCACCAGCAGCCGCCGCCGCCUGCGCCCGCGCCGCAGCCGGCACAGCCAGCGCAGCCCCCACAGGCGCAGCCCCCGCAGCAGCGCCGCUCACCCGCCAGCCCCAGCCAGGCGCCCUACGCGCAGAGGAGCGCCGCCGCGGCGUACGGCCACCAGCCCAUCAUGACCAGCAAGCCGUCCUCGUCUUCGGCGGUUGCAGCCGCUGCUGCCGCAGCCGCCGCCUCGUCGGCCUCGUCUAGCUGGAACACGCACCAAAGCGUGAAUGCAGCCUGGAGCGCACCGUCCAACCCCUGGGGCGGCCUGCAGGCGGGCCGGGACCCUCGCCGGGCGGUCGGUGUGGGCGUGGGUGUGGGUGUCGGGGUGCCUUCCCCGCUCAACCCCAUCUCACCGCUCAAAAAGCCCUUCUCCAGCAACGUGAUCGCGCCGCCCAAGUUCCCUCGCGCGGCCCCUCUCACUUCCAAGUCCUGGAUGGAGGAUAACGCUUUCCGGACCGAUAAUGGUAACAAUCUGUUGCCAUUUCAGGACCGGAGUAGGCCCUAUGAUACUUUUAACUUGCACUCGUUGGAGAACUCCUUAAUGGAUAUGAUAAGGACUGAUCAUGAGCCUCUGAAAGGUAAACACUACCCUCCCAGUGGCCCACCAAUGAGUUUCGCUGAUAUAAUGUGGAGGAAUCAUUUUGCAGGACGCAUGGGGAUAAAUUUCCAUCAUCCAGGAACAGAUAAUAUUAUGGCACUUAACAGUCGAUCUUCUCUCUUUCCCUUUGAAGAUGCCUUCCUGGAUGAUAGCCACGGCGAUCAGGCCUUGUCAUCUGGCUUAAGUUCUCCCACUCGCUGUCAAAAUGGGGAACGAGUGGAACGCUACUCUAGAAAGGUGUUUGUUGGAGGCCUUCCUCCUGAUAUUGAUGAAGAUGAGAUCACUGCCAGCUUUCGCAGGUUUGGACCUCUUGUAGUAGACUGGCCUCACAAAGCUGAAAGCAAGUCGUAUUUUCCUCCUAAAGGCUAUGCCUUUCUGCUGUUCCAGGAGGAAAGUUCAGUACAAGCUUUGAUAGAUGCCUGCCUAGAAGAAGAUGGGAAACUCUACCUGUGUGUGUCAAGCCCCACCAUCAAGGAUAAGCCAGUGCAAAUUCGACCAUGGAACCUAAGUGACAGUGACUUUGUAAUGGAUGGUUCUCAGCCUUUGGACCCCAGAAAAACUAUCUUUGUUGGGGGAGUUCCACGACCCCUUCGAGCUGUUGAACUGGCAAUGAUCAUGGACCGUUUGUACGGUGGUGUCUGCUAUGCUGGCAUUGAUACAGACCCAGAGCUGAAGUACCCCAAAGGUGCUGGCCGCGUGGCAUUCUCCAAUCAGCAGAGUUACAUUGCAGCCAUCAGCGCUCGUUUUGUGCAGCUUCAGCACAAUGACAUUGACAAACGGGUUGAAGUAAAGCCAUAUGUGCUGGAUGAUCAGAUGUGUGAUGAGUGCCAGGGCACACGCUGUGGUGGGAAGUUUGCCCCGUUCUUCUGUGCCAACGUCACCUGUCUGCAGUAUUACUGUGAAUACUGCUGGGCGAGCAUACAUUCCCGAGCCGGGCGGGAGUUCCACAAACCGCUGGUGAAGGAGGGAGGCGACCGCCCUCGUCACGUCCCGUUCCGUUGGAGCUGAGCCACGGGCCGACCCAGCCACAAGUACUGGAGUAGAUAACAAGGAGGGAAAAGAGAGGGCACUGCCUCAGGGCUUACAGUGUUCUGGAAAUCUGUGCAUUUGUUCUCGAUUUUUAAAGAAGAAUUGGGUCUUUUUAUUAUUAUUAUUAUUAUUAUUAUUAUUAUUAUUUACAGUCAUAUUACUGAACUCAGUGUCCAGUAUAAUGCAGAAUUGCAGAGUGUAGAAUGGUACUGAUUUGCACUUUGAUUCACACCUUUGUCUGCUUGGUACCUUAAUUUUUUAUAUCUGAUUUGUCACUCGUGACAGUAUGUAGACUGCCAUUCUCAUCAGCGGCCGUCAGGCUACUGUCUGUGAUUCUUUUGUUUGUUGUUGUGGUGGUGUUGUUCUGAUUGUUUUGAACUGGAGCAUGCACUUAUUUUCAGAAACUUAGAGAGUUGCCCCUAGGACAAGACUUACCAAAGGUAAUACUCGUGAGUAGGUGGCAGAUGUAGCAAAAACUUCACAACAAUUCAGCAAUCAUUAGUUCGGGUCACUUAGAGUAAGGAUAACCCUUCAUGAAAAUAAGCCUUUAGUUGCUCUCUAUUUUGACUUGUAAGGAUACCUCAUAAGCUGGAUCUUUUAUUUUUCCUUCAUGUUUGAUUUUUGUUUUGCCGAGGAUUUUGGUUAGAUCUUUUAGUAUUAUGUAAAUUUAUGCUGCAAUAGCUUUUGCUGCUAUUAAAAUGGUAUUAUUAAUACCAUAAUACUCUAUUCAGGCUAAGAUAUCGAUUAAACACAAAAACCCAACAACACACUUUUGUGAUUUUAGGGAUAGAGUCAGCUGCCGAACGGAGAUCAGAAUAGACUUCAGAAAGCUUCGGUGGAAGGUCACUAUUUCUGACUGCAUGUUUACUUAAUCAGGUUGCUGCAUGCAAUAAAUUUUAUAUCCAAUGUCUAGUAUAAAACGUUCCCACAAUGCACAAAUUAAGAAUCUAUAUAAGCUAUAAAAAUACUCAUUUUUAAAAAAAAAGUUUUUUUCAUUCGAAGAAUUGGUAAUUGACCGGAGGAAGGCAUGCCUCAAUAAAUGGAAUGCUUUGAAUGGGAAGAGCCCAUAACAGAAUGACCUAUAUUACAACCGAUAUAAAACCUAGGUGUAGGAUAUUCUUCAAGCAAAUUUGUGGAUGGUAGAUGAAGUACUUUGCGGUGCUCUGUUAUAUAUUGUGCAAUUUAUUUUAUAUAGUAAAGUGAUUAUGUCUAACUGUGAUCAAACUUAACUGUUUAAAGCCUCUGUCAGACAUUAACGAACUUGACAGUUCAUAACUGAUAUAUUAUAAACUAACACAUGAGCUCUUAGUUACAAUCUCUUAGUGCUUGCACCAUUUUACAUAGCUUCAGACCUUGUCCAGAAAACCAAAGAGCUCAUCUUAGCUUACAAACACUAAGAAUAUAUACAGGAUAUAGAGAUAAGUUGUCAGAUUGACAAACUAGGCACAUUUUUAAGAAAGUUGUGUAAUGGUGAUGCUAAAGAAAUGUCUGUACAGAAUAAGAUGGCCUGGGCAGAGUUGGUUGUCUGGGUGAGAAACUAACUACUUAAUUCCCUGGAUUUAUCCUGUUAAGCUUGAGUAGAAUGAAGGCCUGCUAGCACUAUCGUGGUCUAGAAUGAAGGCCUGCUAGCGCUAGCGUGGUCUAGAAUGAAGGCCUGCUAGCACUAGUGUGGUCUAGAAUGAAGGCCUGCUAGCACUAGCGUGGUCUAGAAUGAAGGCCUGCUAGCACUAGUGUGGUCUAGAAUGAAGGCCUGCUAGCACUAGUGUGGUCUAGAAUGAAGGCCUGCUAGCACUAGUGUGGUCUAGAAUGAAGGCCUGCUAGCACUAGUGUGGUCUAGAAUGAAGGCCUGCUAGCACUAGUGUGGUCUAGAAUGAAGGCCUGCUAGCACUAGUGUGGUCUAGAAUGAAGGCCUGCUAGCACUAGUGUGGUCUAGAAUGAAGGCCUGCUAGCACUAGUGUGGUCUAGAAUGAAGGCCUGCUAGCACUAGCGUGGACAUUUUUCUAGCAUUCACCCUUGGGCUGCAGAUAGUAAUAUAUAAACACACACAAUGAUUGCAAGACUAUGUAAAUCUUUUUUUAAUCUUCUUCCUAUGUUUUGGAAUUCUGGGGACAAUCUGACUGGAUAUGACACUGCAGAAUAGAUUUAAGUUGCUGUGUUUUCUGUGCUGUGAUGUCCUUGUACUGUCUUAAGUUAGUGUUGCUUGUUUUUGUUUUGUUCUCCCAUGUUUAGUUGCAAUUACUGGCUCUCAAGCUAUAGUUUGUUUUCAAAAAGGAAAAACAAAAUAGUUUUUUACUGGAUUAAAAAUGCUUAUUUUAGAAUCCUCCCCUUUUUGACGCUUUUUGGUAAUAAUUGCUUUUUUCCAGCCCAGGUGUGGUUUUGUUUGUUUUUUUUCUAUGUUUGUGGGUUUUUUUUCACCUGUACAAGAAAUUUUGUUAUGCACUACUACUUUUUGUAUUCUAGACAGUUUUCAAAAGUUGGCAGAUUUUUUUUUUUUUUUUUAAGGAAAAAGGCAUGCUUUCUGACUGACAUGAUCUUUUGCAAUACCUCAAUUUUGAAAUAUAGGAAAGAAAAUGAUAUUUUCUAAGUAAGUUUAUUCAGAAAAAUAUAUAUUAAUUUAAUUCUGCAAGAAAAUGAUUUAACAGAUGGGUAACUUUAUUUUUUUCAUGCUUAUUUGUGUUUUUUGAAAAUGAAGAAGUUAGAGCUUUAUAACUAUAAUAUUAAAGAUCAUAUCUAACCUACAGAAAUCUACCUAAUUAUGUGAAAGAAGCAAAACUUUUUGAAGAAGCACCCCUCUUUCAUGUAUUAAAAUAACACUGAGAUUUUUUAAAAAGCUGGAAGAUUGUACAGCAUAAAGCUAAAGUGAAGGCAAAAAACAUUGUCCUGAAGAAUAGGUUACAAAAAAUAAACUCCAUUUGGUGCUGAAAGUUGUGAAUAGAUGGUGGAAACUACUUUCCCUUAAUUUGUAUAUUUCUAAUCAAGUGUUGAUUGUGCGCGACUGACCAGGAUUGUGAAAGAGUUCUUCUGUUUGUAUUUUUUUAAAGAGAACUUUUUUAGUUUAUUAAAUUAUAACAUGUUCCCUUUUGUUUUGUAAAUAAAUGUGCCCCCAAGUUGUUAAUGUUAUAUUAAAAGAGAGGGUCCUUCAAAAAAAUUAUUUUUUAAAACACAGAGGUGUUCUGACCUGCAACUUGACUGGGAAGCCCCUGGGUAACACAGGUCCUGCUGUGGCCUUUCCUUGGUGUGACACUUGAACUAGUCGAUUUUUUGAAGGCUAUAACCUAACCUCGACUAUUUGUUGUUAUGUGCAAUACUGUUUGUACUGUUUGUAUAAAAAAUAGAAAAAAAAAGAAAAGAAAAAAGGCAUAAAUCUUUAUUGCAGAUUUAUUUUCAUUGCAAACUUUAGACAUUGUGAUUCACUGAAAUCAUUUUUCUACUGUCAAAUAUGUACCUUUUCUUCAUGCUGGUAUUUUUUCAAUAGUAAUGUAGCCUUUGUACUGAGACAAAUUUUCAUUGUUAUUUUUAGAAAGAUUUUUUGCUAAGAAAAAAAUUAAACAUAUUUACAUAUUUUU